AUGAGUGGUUUUCGUUCUGCGCUCUUCUGCUAUCUAAAUUUUCCGAAGGCCUUCGCGCUAGAUAAUAAAACAAUGAGCGAUGCCGGAUGGCUUGCACCAUCGUGCUUGGGUAACAAUUUCACAAUAAGUUCUUGGCAAGAGGUUCUCAGGCAGAGCAAACAAGUUCCUCUCGUUUUUCUUGUAACUCGUAACCCUUUUGAUCGAUUUGUCAGCUUGUAUAUGGACAAAUGUGUUGCAUGGCGCCGAACUCGUGGAAGUCAAGAGCCAGUGUUUGACAAUGGACGAUGCGGCUGUGAAAAAAAUUUGUACUGCUUUCUGAAAAAGAUCUAUGGUUUAUUGCUUUCGCUUCAACCGGAUUACAACAUGUUUCUUCCACCUUCUAAACGCUUUAUGAGCAAAUCGCCUUUCGAACGUUAUCUUAUCAAACAUUUCGCUCCCAUGUCGUGGUAUUGUGGUACUCAACAAUUUCUCAAUUCCAUGCAUACAAUUCAUCUAGACAUGUCGAAUAAAGAGAGGAUGGCAGAGAAAUAUGAUGAGAUUUUAACCCUCGCCAACGUUACAAAGCAGCAGAGGUUAUACAUACGAACUGAGUUGCUGAGAGAACUUCCCUCAUACGCCACGUGGAAUCAGAAAGGGCGGACUGAUGUCGAAAACGAACUCUUAUCUAACGCGACAUUAUUGGAAUUAUUUUUGCAAUUAUAUCUUCACGACUUCAUGAUUUUCAAAUAUGACUUCCCCACACCACAUUCCACAAGUAUUUCUCUUUGCAUGAAGUGA